AUGAUAGUGCUUAUUUUCUUGGCUUUGGGGCUAAGCUUGGAAAAUGAAUACACUUCCCAAACCAAUAAUUGCACAUAUUUAAGAGAGCAAUGCCUACAUGAUGCAAAUGGAUGUAAACAUGCUUGGAGAAUAAUGGAAGAUGCCUGCAAUGAUUCAGAUCCAGGUGACCCCUGCAAGAUGAAGAAUUCAUCAUACUGUAACCUGAGUAUCCAGUACUUAGUGGAAAGCAAUUUCCGAUUUAAAGAGUGUCUUUGCACUGAUGACUUCUAUUGUACUGUGAACAAACUGCUUGGAAAAGAAUGUGUCAAUAAAUCAGAUAACAUGAAAGAGGAUAAAUUCAAAUGGAAUCUAACUACACAUUCCCAUCAUGGAUUCAAAGGGAUGUGGUCCUGUUUGGAAGUGGCAGAGGCAUGUGUAGGGGAUGUGGUCUGUAAUGCACAGUUGGCCUCUUACCUUAAAGCUUGCUCAGCAAAUGGAAAUCCGUGUGAUGUGAAACACUGCCAAGCAGCCAUACGGUUCUUCUAUCAAAAUAUACCUUUUAACAUUGCCCAGAUGUUGGCUUUUUGUGACUGUUCUCAAUCUGAUAUACCUUGUCAGCAGUCCAAAGAAGCUCUUCACAGCAAGCCAUGUGCACUGAACAUGGUUCCACCCCCUACUUGCCUCAAUGUAAUUCGCAGCUGCCAAAAUGAUGAAUUAUGCAGGAGGCACUAUAGAACAUUUCAGUCAAAAUGCUGGCAGCGUGUGACUAGAAAGUGCCAUGAAGAUGAGAACUGCAUUAGCGCCUUAAGCAAACAGGACCUCACAUGUUCAGGAAGUGAUGACUGCAAAGCUGCUUACAUAGAUAUCCUUGGGACAGUCCUUCAAGUGCAAUGUAACUGUAGGACCAUUACACAAAGUGAGGAAUCUUUGUGCAAGAUUUUCCAGCACAUGCUUCAUAGAAAAUCAUGUUUCAAUUAUCCAACCCUGUCUAAUGUCAAAAGCAUGGCAUUGUAUACAAGAAAACAUACAAACAAAAUCACUUUAAGUGGAUUUCAGUCCCCCUUCAAUGGAGAAGUAAUCUAUGCUGCCAUGUGCAUGACAGUCACCUGUGGAAUCCUUCUCUUGGUUAUGGUCAAGCUUAGAACUUCCAGAAUAUCAAGUAAAGCAAGAGAUCCUUCACUGAGCCAAGUACCUGGAGAACUCUGA